AUGGCGGCCCUGCAGCGGUUACAGGAGGACUGGAUCCCUGGUGGAAAUCCGCUGUACGAAUCAUACUAUAAGCAGGUAGACCCGGCCCACACGGGCAGAGUCGGGGCAAGCGAGGCUGCGCUGUUCCUGAAGAAGUCGGGUCUGUCGGAUGUCACCCUCGGGAAGAUCUGGGACCUGGCCGACCCGGAAGGCAAAGGGUUCCUGGACAAGCAGGGCUUCUAUGUGGCACUGAGGCUGGUGGCCUGCGCCCAGAGCGGCCACGAGGUCACGCUGAGCAACCUGAGCCUGAGCAUGCCGCCGCCCAAAUUCCACGACACCAGCAGCCCCCUGAUGGUCACCCUGGCUUCUGUGGAGGCCCCCUGGGCAGUGCGGGUGGAGGAAAAGGCCAAAUUUGAUGGCAUUUUCGAAAGCCUGCUGCCUGUGAAGGGCCUGCUGUCUGGAGACAAGGUCAAGCCGGUCCUCAUGAACUCGAAGCUUCCUCUCGACGUCCUGGGCAGGGUCUGGGACCUCAGCGACAUUGACAAGGACGGGCACCUGGACCGGGAUGAGUUCGCUGUGGCCAUGCACCUGGUGUACCGGGCCCUGGAGAAGGAGCCUGUGCCGUCCGUCCUGCCCCCAUCGCUCAUCCCUCUGUCCAAGCGCAAGAAGCCAGUGUUCCCUGGGGCCGUGCCCGUGCUGCCUGGCAGCCCCCCGCCCAAGGACAGCCUGCGCUCCACACCGUCACACGGCAGCGUCAGCAGCCUCAACAGCACGGGCAGCCUGUCCCCUAAGCACGGCCUCAAGCAGGCGCAGCCCGCGGUGGCCUGGGUGGUGCCAGUGGCCGACAAGAUGCGUUUCGACGAAAUCUUCCUGAAGACCGACCUGGACCUGGACGGCUAUGUGAGCGGCCAGGAGGUGAAGGAGAUCUUCAUGCACUCGGGCCUCACGCAGAGCCUGCUGGCCCACAUCUGGGCCCUGGCCGACACCAGGCAGAUGGGGAAGCUGAGCAAGGACCAGUUUGCGCUCGCUAUGCAUUUCAUCCAGCAGAAGGUCAGUAAGGGCAUCGACCCCCCGCAAGCGCUCUCUCCGGACAUGGUCCCGCCCUCGGAGCGAGGGACCCCGGUCCCGGACAGCGGGAGCUCCCUGGGCUCCGGAGAGUUCACUGGGGUGAAGGAGCUGGACGACAUCAGCCAGGAGAUCGCCCAGCUGCAGAGAGAGAAAUACUCCCUGGAGCAGGACAUCAGAGAGAAGGAGGAGGCCAUCAGACAGAAGACCAGCGAGGUGCAGGAACUGCAGAAUGACUUGGACCGGGAGACCAGCAGCCUGCAAGAGCUCGAGGCCCAGAAGCAGGACGCCCAGGACCGGCUAGAUGAGAUGGACCAGCAGAAGGCCAAGCUCCGGGACAUGCUGAGUGAUGUCCGGCAGAAGUGCCAGGACGAGACGCAGAUGAUCUCCUCGUUGAAGACCCAGAUCCAGUCGCAGGAGUCUGACCUGAAGUCGCAGGAGGACGACCUGAACCGCGCCAAGUUGGAGCUGAGCCGGCUGCAGCAGGAGGAGACGCAGUUGGAACAGAGCAUCCAGGCAGGGCGCGCACAGCUGGAGACCAUCAUCAAGUCGCUCAAGUCCACACAGGAUGAGAUCGGCCAGGACGACCCUUUCAAAAAUAAAGCCUUGUUAUUUAGCAACAACACCCAGGACCUGCACCCGGACCCCUUCCGAGCCGAGGACCCUUUCAAGUCCGACCCGUUCAAAGGCGCAGACCCCUUCAAAGGUGACCCGUUCCAGAGCGACCCCUUCGCAGAGCAGCCGGCAGCAGCCGCAGACCCAUUCGGAGGGGACCCUUUCACAGAGAGCGACCCAUUCUGUGGCUCUGCCCCUGACGACUUCUUCCAGAAGCAGACCGAGAGUGACGCGUUUACCUCAGACCCCUUCACGAAGACCGCCUCCCUCCCUUCAAAGCUCGACCCCUUCGAGUCCAGUGACCCUUUCUCCUCCAGUGUCUCCUCGAAAGGAUCAGACCCCUUCGGGACCCUGGACCCCUUCGGGAGCUGGGCCUUCAGCAAUGCCGAGGGCUUCGCUGACUUCAGCCAGAUGUCCAAGGUAAAAGUACACCCGUGAGCCAGCUUGGUUCUGCAGACUACCCCGAGCCCCCCGACCCGUUCCAGCCACUCGGGGCUGACAGCGGCGACCCGUUCCAAAAUAAAAAGGGGUUUGGGGACCCGUUUAGUGGAAAAGACCCCUUUGUCCCCUCCUCUUCAGCUAAGCCUUCUCAGGCCUCUUCCUCGGGCUUUGCCGACUUCGCCUCUCUUGGCAAUGAGGAGCAGCAGCUGGCCUGGGCCAAGCGUGAGAGCCAGAAGGCGGAGCAGGAGCGGCUGGCGCGGCUGCAGAGGCAGGAGCAGGAGGACCUGGAGCUGGCCAUCGCGCUCAGCAAGGCUGACAUGCCGGCCGCCUAGCCGGCGCCCGGGCCCCGCAUCCCCGCACCCCCACGAUGUAUGCAUUCAUUGUAUAAAAGGA